UGAAGGAUCUCUUCCUUCUGUGCAUUUACUCUCCGGGGUGUUGGAUCGGUCACCCCGCUGCGGGCGUUUUAGAGAGGCUGGCCAAGGACAGCUCCCGGAGCUGGCGGCAAAGAACAGGAUGAAAUUCCUUCUGAACUGCCUCCUGCUUCUGCCCUACCUAAUCCUCUGCUCUUUAGAGUCUUUGGUGAAGCUUUUUAUUCCAAAGAAGAGAAAAUCGGUCUCCGGAGAAAUCGUGCUGAUUACGGGAGCUGGGCAUGGCAUUGGGAGACUGACUGCCUAUGAAUUUGCCAAACUUAAAAGCAAACUGGUUCUCUGGGAUAUAAAUAAGCAUGGAAUUGAGGAAACAGCCGCUGAAUGCAGGAAACUGGGGGCCAAGGCCCAUGCCUUUGUAGUCGACUGCAGUAACCGGGAAGACAUUUACAGCUCUGCAAAGAAGGUGAAGACGGAAAUUGGAGAUGUUAGUAUUUUAAUAAAUAAUGCUGGUGUAGUCUACACAUCAGAUUUGUUUGCUACACAAGAUCCUCAGAUCGAAAAGACUUUUGAAGUGAAUAUACUUGCACAUUUCUGGACUACAAAGGCAUUUCUCCCAGCGAUGAUGAAGAAUAAUCAUGGCCAUAUUGUUACCGUGGCUUCAGCAGCUGGACACACUGUGGUCCCCUUCUUAAUGGCUUACUGUUCAAGCAAAUUUGCUGCUGUUGGAUUUCACAGAGCUUUGACCGAUGAACUGGCUGCCCUAGAAAGAACUGGAAUCAAAACAACAUGUCUCUGUCCUAAUUUCAUAAACACUGGCUUCAUCAAAAACCCAAGAACCAGCUUGGGCCCCACUCUGGAACCUGAGCAAGUCGUAGACAAGCUGAUGAAUGGGAUCCUGACCGAGCAGAAAAUGAUUUUUGUUCCAUCUUCUAUAAAGCUUUUAACAUUAUUGGAAAGGAUCCUUCCUGAGCGUUUUCUGGUGAUCUUAAAACGGAAGAUCAACAUUAGGUUUGAUGCAGUCGUUGGAUAUAAAGUUAAAGGACACUAAGUGCCUGGUUUUCUUGAAAACUUGUUUACAAGGUUGAGAUUGAUCACAUCUACUAGAAUAUGAAUCUGAAUUUUAAUGUUGGCAUUUCUGCUUUUCCUAAUUACCUUUUUUUGUCUAUAUCACCUUUUGAGGCUCAGAUAGUUCUCAUUUAUAACCACCUAUUUUUUUAGCUGAAAGCUGAUUUCAUGUAAUACAAAUAGAAAAAUACCCUGGGAGCUGGCCCUAUGGACAACGUGAUGGAAGGACAAAAAUAAUUUUAUUAUAGUAUUUCCAUGAUUUUGUGGCUUAUCUGAAAGCUUUGCAAAAUUUGAACUAUACAUGUUUGUUUAUGAUAUAUUUUUAUUUUUAAUUACACAUAAAUUUUAUAUAAUUCACAUGUUUUCUUUUCUUUUCUUUUUUUUUUUUUUGACAUAAAAUCUUCAGCCUCUCUAAAUGUAUUGAAAUACUGUAUGGAGUGGCAUUUCACACUGAAUGUCAUCAGGUCGCCGACAUUUCAUCCACACACCACUGCUCUGUUCCCUGAGAGAUACCUCACACACCAGUGCCAAACAUUUCAGCACAGAGAGACUAGAGACGAACACACACCAUUGGGACUUAGGUAGAGAUUUGGGAGAAUACCCACAAAUGGCAAUAAUAAAAAUGGAUCAAACUUAAA